AUGUCUGGCAGGAGUGAUUGGUUUCAGAGUUCCCGGGUCCCUAGUUUUGCUCAAAUGGUGAAAAAGAACUUGCCAGUUCAACCAUCAGCCCAGACGGUAACUACACCCACAAGAUAUUCCUCGGAAAGUCAUAGUCUGUCGAGUAUGGCAUCCAAGGUUACGCAAGUGACGGGUAAUUUUCCAGAACCAUUGUUUUCCAAAGGUCUUUCACCUAUUUCAAAUCCCGUUCUUCCUCCAAAAAAAAUACCUAAGGAAUUUAUAAUGAAAUACAAACGUGGAGAGAUAAAUCCUGUGUCAGCCUUGCACCAGUUUGCACAAAUGCAACGGGUUCAGCUUGACCUUAAGGAGACUGUAAUAACAGGUAAUGUUAUGGGACCGUAUUUUGCUUUUUGUGCUGUGGUGGAUGGUAUUCAAUAUAAGACUGGAUUGGGACAAAAUAAAAAGGAGUCUAGAUCCAAUGCAGCAAAAUUAGCUCUUGAUGAGCUUCUACAGAUGGAUGAGCCUGAACCAAGAAUUUCAGAAGCAUCAGGUCCUCCUCCUAUCCCUGCCGAACCUGUUGUUUCACCUAAACCAGCUUAUGUUUCAAAAGUACAUUACGAAGGGAGAUAUAUUCAGUAUGCAAAGAUUUCACAAAUUGUUAAAGAAACAUUUAAUCAACUGAUUUGUAAUCAAUCACAGUAUCUGAAAUGUAUCAGUUCAUUGGCUGCUUUUAUAAUUGAAAGAGCUGGACAACACGAAGUGGUAGCUGUAGGCACAGGUGAAUACAAUUACAGCCAGUGCAUUAAGCCAAAUGGAAGAGUGUUGCAUGACACUCAUGCUGUUGUUACAGCAAGAAGAUCUCUCCUUAGGUACUUUUAUAGACAACUUCUACUCUUCUAUAGCAAAAAUCCUGCUGUGAUGGAAAAAUCAAUAUUUUGUACAGAACCAGCUUCUAAUUUACUCACUCUGAAGCAGAAUAUCAACAUUUACCUCUUUAUGAAUCAAUUGCCUAAGGGAUCAGCCCAGAUUAAGUCACAGUUACGUCUUAAUCCACGUUCUAUAUCUGCAUUUGAAGCCAAUGAAGAACUGAGUCUCCAUGUGGCUGUUGAAGGCAAAAUUUAUCUGACGGUUUACUGUCCUGCAGAUGUUAACAGAGUAAGCAGUAUGUCCUCAAGUGACAAAUUGACAAGAUGGGAAGUGCUUGGUGUACAGGGAGCAUUGCUCAGUCACUUUAUACAGCCAGUUUAUAUCAACAGUAUACUUGUUGGUGAUGGGAAUUGCAGUGAUACUAGAGGCUUAGAAAUUGCUAUAAAGCAUCGUGUUGAUGAUGCACUCACUUCAAAGCUUCCAAUGUUUUACUUGGUCAACAGACCCCAUAUUAGUUUAGUACCCUCUGCAUAUCCUCUUCAAACAAACUUGGAAUAUAAAUUCCUGAGUCUGAAUUGGGCGCAGGGGGAUAUUUCUUUGGAGAUUGUGGAUGGUCUAAGUGGGAAGAUCACUGAAAGUUCCCCAUUUAAAAGUGGUGUGUCAAUGGCAAGUCGGCUUUGUAAGGCUGCAAUGUUAAGUCGAUUUAACCUGCUUGCCAAAGAAGCUAAAAAAGGUUUACUUCAAGCUGAUACAUAUCAUGCAGCUAAGCGUAUGUCUGCCUCCUAUCAAGAAGCUAAAUCUUUGUUGAAAUCCUACUUACAGCAACAUGGGUAUGGUUCCUGGAUUGUGAAAUCUCCCUGUAUAGAGGAAUUUAGUGUGUGA